CUUUCUCUUUGCAUACAGAAAAGAAAAAAAAAAAAAAUUAUAUGAUAACCCAACAUAAUACAGACUUUCUGUCACGAAAAGAACAAGUCAUUGCUUCACUUGUUGAACAUUUGGAUCCAGAAAGAAGAGACAAAUCACCCAAGGGAUUCAUUGAUGCUCCCAUUCUAGAUCUGAUGCAUGUCAUCAACAAACACCCUGAUUACUAUACUACCAGUAGCUGUUCCGGACGAGUAGCCAUUUACUGUCCAGCUCUAGAAAACGAUAAAGUAGCCACGAAGGGUGGUAUCUGGUUAUACGUCAGUCAUGACCCAAUUCCUGUUCCGGAAAAAGAAAAAGACAGCUGGAUCCUUCAGUUACUCUUUGGCAAUCGAAACAUUGUAUUUGAUUAUGAACGGCCGGCUGAUUUAGUCCAUAAGCAACUGAUCUAUUUCAAGUUUGAACCGUUGAUUUUACAUAUUGAAGCUUCUAGCUAUGAAUCAGCUAUGCACUUGUUGAAUAUUGCAAAUCAAGCAGGAUACCAAAACUCAGGCAUCACUGUAUCACGUCGACAUAUGCUGGCCAUACGCAGCACACUCAAGAUAGACACACCCAUUGCAUAUAUAGAGAAUGAUACAGUGUAUUGUUUAGUGGAUAUAGCUUAUUUAAUGCUCCUUGUCAGCAUGUCAAACGAGAAGUUUCAACAAAAUAUAGAAAGAAUGAGUAUCUUUGAGGAAAAGUUGAGACGAGAACUAGAAAAUAAUCAAACACAAGUAAAAGAGGAAACUAAAGAAGAGAGAAGAGAACGAAAGCGCAGAGAAGGGUUGCAGAAGAAGAAUCAAGUCGUCAAGGAAAAAGUGGAGCAACAGGAUCUAGAGGAUAUGAGUGGUAUUUUUUAGAAAGAGAAGCUCUUUCUCUCUUUAUUUAUCACCUUGUCAUAUUAAAAAUGUAAUUGGUAACUUGAUCAUAUUCUUUAAAUAAUAAACAAUACUUGACGUGGUACUGCAUUUCUACUGAUAUACACGUUAGGUGGUGUAUCUUUGUAGUAUACUUUCA